AUGACUUACACCGACCAGGACCUCAACCGCGACAUGGGCAUCAUCAGUGAAUUCGCUGCGAUCCCCAAGCCCGACGACGUCUUCGUGAGGGUCCAAUGGGAGAUGGCACGGACUCACAAAUUGAUUGUCCGCUACUGGCAACAGAUCUACAAGCAAUUCAGUACUUCCGCACCUGUAGACGAUGCCGAGAACUACCUCGGUUACGCCGACCACUGGGUGAAGAUGGUGCAAAUCCACCACCAGCUUGAAGAAGAGAUCCAAUUCCCCAUGUGGGGUCCCUAUCUCGACACGAGCAAGGACCACACACAACACGAAGAUCUCCUGGUUCCGCUCAAGCACUUCCAAGAAUACCUGUCCGCCAUCGCUACAAAGACUGAGCCGUGGUCCGCUACCAAGGCCGAGGAGCACGCCCAGGCGGUUCUCCCGCCCCUGAUGCUCCACCUAGUCCAUGAACUGCACACGCUCGACCCUGACGCGCUGCGCCGCAGCGGACUCACGGAGGACACGCUACGCGCGGUCGACCGUGCAGUUGGCGAGAAGGCGCGGACGCUGUUCGAUAUGGCCAAGGACGUUCCUGCUAUGCUCACGCAUAACGAUGGCGCGACUGACUGGCCCCCGGUGCCGUGGCCGAUCACGCCCGAGAACAGGAUGCCUCUUGAGUUGUACAAGGCGCACGAGGGCUGGUGGAAGUACUCGACAGACCCGCUGAAGGUGUGA